GCAGAUCGCUCCGAACCCCUUUCCCCCGCUAGGCAGGGGGCGGGGCGCUGAGGCUCCCAGCCCCCCCCCUCGGGCUCGCUCCUUCCUCCGCUCACGUUCCCCGCCCCCGGGAUUCCCCUCUCGGCCUCUCCCGCCCCCCAUGCGGGGCCGGGCAGUGCCCGGGGGGCCGCGGCCGGUAUAAAACGGGCGGCGCGCAGGCGGCGCUGCUCAGUCACUAUGCUGGGGCUGCUCCUGCUGCUUAUCCUGGGCAGCGUCUGCUGCCCUCCGGGGGCCCGCUCCGCCCUGCCCCUGGCCCCCCGGCGGGGCCCCCCGGGGAGAGCUCAGCCCCGGCCCACCGCCCUCUACCAGACCCGCUACUUCCCCCAGAAGAUUGAUCAUUUUGGAUUUGAUCAAGAUCUUACAUUCCAACAGCGGUACCUAGUAGCAGAUCAGCAUUGGAGAAAAGACAAUGGAUCGAUUCUCUUCUACACUGGCAAUGAAGGCGAUAUCACCUGGUUUUGCAAUAAUACCGGUUUUAUGUGGGAAGUGGCAGAAGAGCUUAAUGCCAUGUUAAUAUUUGCUGAACACAGAUACUACGGAGAAUCCUUGCCCUUCGGAAAUAAGUCUUACAGCGAUUCCAAACACUUGAAUUACUUGACGUCGGAACAAGCUCUGGCAGACUUUGCGAUACUAAUUCAGCACUUAAAGGAGACAAUUCCAGGAGCCCUAAAUGCCCCUGUGAUUGCCAUAGGGGGUUCCUAUGGAGGGAUGCUUGCAGCCUGGUUUAGAAUGAAAUACCCUCAUGUGGUGGUUGGAGCUCUUGCAGCCUCUGCCCCAAUCUGGCAGUUUGAGGAUUUGGUACCCUGUGGCACUUUCUACAGUAUAGUGACAAAUGAUUUCAAAAAGAGCGGGCAGUGCUGCUCAGAGAGCAUCCUGAAUUCCUGGGGGGCCAUUAACCGCAUCUCCUCCACAGAUGAAGGUUUGAAGUGGCUUUCCAGCGCAUUUCACUUAUGCAGACCAUUAAAAAGCAAGCAAGAUGCUGCUGUGUUGAAAGCUUGGCUAAGUGAAACAUGGGUAAAUUUGGCAAUGGUGAACUAUCCCUAUAAAGCUGAUUUCUUACAGCCCCUGCCAGCUUGGCCCAUUCAGGUAGUUUGCAAGUUCUUGAAGAAUCCCAAACUGCCAGACAAAUUACUGCUACAGAAUGUUUUCCAGGCAGUAAAUGUCUACUACAACUACUCGGGAGCUGCAUCGUGCCUUAACACGUCUCAGAGUGCCACAAGAAAUCUUGGGCUGACGGGCUGGUACUAUCAGGCUUGCACAGAAAUGGUGAUGCCCAUGUGCACAGAUGGUGUCAAUGACAUGUUUGAGCCUAGGAAAUGGAACUUCCAUGUCUUCUCUGAAGAAUGCUUCAAACUGUGGAAAGUGAGGCCUCGCCCUUCCUGGAUUCCUUCUGUGUAUGGAGGGAAAAACAUCAGUUCACACAGUAACAUCAUCUUCAGCAAUGGCGGAUUGGACCCGUGGUCUGGAGGUGGAGUGACUCGGAACAUCACAGACUCUCUCAUUGCAAUUGUGAUCCCAGAAGGAGCUCAUCACUUGGACCUGCGUGCCAGCAAUCCCGGUGACCCCAAAUCUGUGCUGCAAGCCCGAGCCUUGGAAGUUCAGUACAUGAAGCAAUGGAUUGAAAAGUCCAGGCAUAAGCACUAAAGUGGUACUGUAAUAAUGGUGGUUAUUAUCUCCCAUUGGCUUCAAUGGGAGCAGGAUCAGGCCCUUAUUACAGAGUUCUGUUCAAAACGUUGUUCACCCCUGCUUCCUCUCUUCCUUUACUAGCUGCUUGUCAGCACUGUGCCUUUCACGGGGGGGGGGGGGUAGAGGAGGUGGCUGUCAGUUGGAAGUCUGCUCCAGUAGCAAAUCUCAAUCAAUAAAGUACAUGCAUUGAGUCACCCAUGGUGGCAUGCUUUCCUGUUCUGCUACUACCAAAUGCUGCAUUACAUCCUCUUUGCAACAUGCUUGCGUGGGGCCUGAUUCCUGCUAGGCCCCAUAUAGCCUCACAAAAUCAGUUUCCAAAGUUACUAGCGAAGUGUGUGCUUGACCAGACGCAGGGACCACUAAACUCCAUGGCAAAGCUCUCACUGAUUUCAACUGGAUCUCAAUGCAAGGGCUUGUGUAAAUUGCCAGAGCUCCGACAGGAGCGCCCCAGCUGAGAUCUGCCCUAGAACUUGCCCCUAUCAACACAAACUGCACGUAUGCUGUCUUCUAUUGGACACAGACUAAUUAGUUAAUACUCUAACCCAGAGAGUGAGACACCACAUCUGUCCAGUUGAGAAGUAUAGGGAGACCUGCUGAGUAUUGCCUCCUACAGGCAAACCCUUGUCUUUGGUGACUGCUUGCAAGUCUCUCCAAGCUUUCCAGGAGAACUUGUAUUGUUGCCAACCUCCAGUUAAAACCGAACCAUGAUAGGGAGCUGAGUUUUGGUGAUCCCUUGGCUUCAGACAGUUGUCACCUCUGUACUGGAGAGUUACGUGGGGAUACAAACCAUUUUUAUAUGGUGAGGGGUGGAGGGAGGAGCAAUUAUUUUAGAGUAGGAACAAAACCACAUUGGGAUGUGAUUUCAUGGGCGGAAAGACUUUUUUUUUUUUUUUUUUUAAAGCAGAAUAGUAGGAAUCAGCUAAAUAUUUUUCUUGUUUUCAGCAGCGUCUUAACCAAGUUGUCAUAUACUGUACGGUUGUUUCUAUUCUCCUCUGCACAGAACAAACAGGACUGGCCCCUAAACACACAUUUGUUGAUUAAUUCUCUAAUUGAUUGGCUGUGCACAAUUUAUCACUUUUCUUCCUCCCCCACUGCUUCCCUUUGGUCCAGGGCUAGGAUAUCUGCUGCCGCCAAAGAGAAAGGUGGGUAUUUUCUUCCUUCUUGUUGCUUUCCCACAAACAUUUUAUUUGUUUCUGUUUUUUUCAGAGCAUCACUGGGAAACUUUCUUUAAACUCUUCUACUGGAGAGGGAACCUGACACAGUACUCGUGCUAGCUAGAUCGUAUUAAGUGACAAAUAAUUGGGGCUGGACCUUGUUUUCUUUUCCUUUUCUGUGUAUUGAUGAGAUUCUGCAUGGUCUGGUUGCUGAUGGUGGUUCAAUAAAGGCCUUUUAAAAAUUGUUUGCAGGGCAAACUAUUCAGAACGCAGCUAAACUGUUCGGACACCAUUGACCCAAAGCGUGAGGCAGUGCUCAGCAGGGCAGGUGCACUAGAUGGCUUUCUGUAGGGCUUCCACAAGAGACAAACUGUCCAAUUCAUGCAGACAGCAUAUUUGGCGUUAAUAAAUGGCAGAGAAGUCCUCUCACUUUGCAGCCUUGGCUUUGUUCACACUAAAAGCCUCCUUCCAAAAGGCCCCCUUUCUAGGUGAACAGGGGACUAGAUAGUUUCAUUUCAGAAAGUCUCAACGCAACAAACGGACCCAAGGGUCUCUUAGAAUUCCAGUUUCAUUUGUAUUUAUCAGCCUAAAAUACAACAUUUCUUCUUACUCCAGGCUGCUUUUUACAUUCCCACGCAAUCCAGCAUUUUCUAGGAACAAAAUAGAUCUUAUUCCGAACCUUUAAUUUUUUUGAUACACUCCAGUACGUCUGGUUCUCUUCUUGACAGAGCUCUCGGCAUAUCCUUGCUUUUGCUCCAGUGUUCUAGGAAAGGUUGAUUUGAACAAGGAGGCCUUUAUGUUCAGGUUCAGCAGUCUGGACCUUUCACGCUCUGUCUUUAGCAAGUAAUCACUUUGGAACCUAUAAAGAGUGAGACCAGAGAAGCAUCCUAGUGCAAGGGGAAGAGCUCUUUAGAACUGGACUAAAAUCUGUCAGUUAUUAGUAAUCUCCAUUCAAAUGGGUCAAUUUUCUAGCAUUAUGAUGUAAAUGUGUCCUUGUGUGUGUGUGUGUGUGCGCACUUUACAAUAAAAUAGUGGCCUUAACUUUUUUUGUUAAAACUGUUUAGAUCAAAUAAAAACUAACCACAUUUCCUAUGUCCACUGCCAAACAACAGUUAAAACCUGAAGACACAAUCGAUAGUAUUUUAAGAUCGCAUCUAGGUUUAUUUUUAACACACUUUAUUGGAGGGCAAGAAAGGGAACUGACCAAGUAAAUCUAAACAUUGGGAAUGCACAAACCACUCAUAACCAAGGAGAGAAAGGAUAAGGGCCUAAUCCAACUACUUCCAUUGACCGCAGAGGGAACAUUGUCAGAUCUAGAGAUGAUUGAACUAAAAUGUCUUGAAAACACUUUGGUUUUCAAAAACAACUGUCUUUUAAAGAAAAAAAUCUUUCAUUUUUUUUUCUUUCUCCUCCUCCAUCUCUGCCUUUUUGCUAUUUUCUGUAGCAUUUUUGUUUUCAUUUUUUAAAGGAACAUUUCAGAUUUUUUUCACAAGGUUGUAAAAAUGCCCUUUUUUGACUCCACCCCCCAAAUCUUUAAAUUAAAAAAAUAUUUCCAUUAGCUCUAUCCAGUCCCUUGCUCAGACUUCUAGAUAAUGGUUAUUGCUUCCAUCUAUUGUAGGCCGAACUUGUGCUGUACCAUUCUUCUAGUAUCUAGGGGCUUGAUUUAAAGCCCAUCAACGUUACUGAGAGUCUUUCCAUACACUUCAGUGAGCUUUGGAUCAGGCCCUUACCACUUUACCUAGAUUUUUAACAAGGUGACCAGUUUUCUAUUCUGCUUCACAGGGCUUUUUUCAGGCCUUCAUCCUAAUCAUUGAAACUGUAGGUCCAGCUACGUACUUAUUUCCCUUAAAGGAUCUUUCAGACCUGGUCCAAGAAUUUAUGUGCAUUAGGGAAUGACCAUCAACAAAGAUUGACUACCUCAUUUUGAAUGUAACUUUCCCUGCUUUUAUGUCAUGCACGUUAGACUAUCAAGAGCCAUGAUAGGAUCGUUACUUUCUUUGCCCAGCUGUAUUGUGAUAGGACCAUAUUUCAUGCCCUUCAAGAAGAUAUUCCCAGAUACACUUUUGUUUUCAGUGUGUAUUGUGAAUUCUUUUGUUUUAUGUAUAUGUUGCCUUUUGGGGGAAAAAUGCAUAAAAUGAAGCAAAUAAUUUAAAUUUCUAUGUGUAGCACUGAUGAUAUGUGAAUCAAAACCCAGUAACAAUGGAUCUUACAGCUAGAAGGUUUUGAAAUUGAAAUCUGUAUGACAAAAAUAUGCUGUAACAAGUAUUAAAGAUAAAUAAAUGUGAAUUUCUGGAA